GAAAUCCUCGUUAUUUUCCUUACCGCGAAAUUUAUAUCCACGAGUCUUAUAUUCCGCCCUAGACUUUCAUAGUCGGCACAAAACAAACCUUCCUCCUCUUUUAUCCUCUCUCGAGAAACCCUAACCCUAAUCAUGUACAGAUUCAACACCAAAUCUUCGAUGCAAAAUCAAGCCUCUGAUAUCGAUUGAGAUCUCUAUUUAUUACGAAAACCUUAUCUUUAUUUAUCUUCUCGAUUUAUUUAUUUUUGUUAAUUUUCAAUUUGAGCAAAAGAUUACUUGGAUCCAUAUUAAUGGGAGGUGAAUCAUCAGCAUCAUCACUAGCACCAGGUUUUAGAUUUCAUCCUACAGAUGAAGAACUUGUUAGCUACUAUCUUAAGCGAAAAAUUGUUGGAAAACCCUUUCGAUUUGACGCGAUUUCUGAAAUCGAUAUCUAUAAGUUCGAGCCAUGGGAUCUUCCAGGUCAGUCUAGGUUGAAGAGUAGAGAUCGUGAAUGGUACUUUUUCAGUGCCCUGGAUAAGAAGUAUGGGAAUGGAUGGAGGACUAAUAGGGCAACUGAGCAAGGUUAUUGGAAGACUACAGGGAAGGAUCGGGCUGUUCACCGGGCUACUCGAUCAGUGGGUAUGAAGAAAACUCUUGUGUAUCACCUAGGUCGAGCUCCACGUGGUGAAAGAACUAACUGGGUUAUGCAUGAAUACCGUAUAGAGGAUGAAACACUUGGAAUAGCUAAGGAUGCUUUUGUGCUGUGUAGAAUUUUUCAAAAGAGUGGAACAGGACCCAAGAAUGGAGAGCAAUAUGGUGCUCCUUUCAUUGAGGAAGAGUGGGAUGAAGAAGUUACUGUUCCCGAACAAGAAGUUAUGGCUAAUGGUGGGUCUUCUAAUGGGAGUGAUGAAGAAACUAGUCUUGCCUGUAACUAUGGGGAGGAGAAUGUUGCCUUGGCGGUUCAACCCGUGAACGUUGAGCUUCCAGUAAACCCAUAUUGUAAGAAUGGUUGGAACCUUUUAGAGGACCCCUUGAGCAUCCUGGGCGAAGAUCAAAAGCUGCCUAUCUCUUCAGCUGAAAAUGGCCUAGCCUCAGCACUGCCUGUUAAGAUGGAACAGACACAAGUCAAAAAUGAGUUUCUUGAACUGUCCGAUCUUUCAAAUCCCGUUGAUGUCAGAAAUGUUUCUGAUGAUCAAGCUACCCAAGAGCUGUCAUACUUUGCGGCCUCAAGUAAUCCAUCAGAUAAUGGGGAAUCAUAUAUAGAAAUGAAUGAUCUUGCAAACUAUGGAGGAGCUGAUCCAUCAGGAUUUGAUUUGCUUGGCCUUGACCCUACUUUCUUCGAUGCCACAGACAAUGGCUUCUUCAGUGAUGAGUUCGAUUUCUCUGAUAUGUUUUCUGAUGAUCUUCUCAUGGGCGAUCCAUCAUUUUCUGGAGAGGUGAAUACUGAAAUCGGACAAGCGUAUCUGACAUUCCCAGAACCUUCAAAACCACAUGCUAGUGAAAUUGCGUCGUCUUCAAUGCAGAAACCAGAGAAGAUGGAAAAGGUUCCACGAGAUGUUAACUACAACGAGGGAUGGGAAGGUUCAAUUGCCAAACAAGUCAGUCGUAUGCUGGGAUCCAUCCCUGCUCCUCCUGCAUUUGCUGCAGAGUUCCCCACAAAGGAGGCAACAAUUCUUGGACAGACUUCAACCUCGCUAUCUUCUAGUUCAAUCCAUGUUACUGCUGGGAUGAUCCACAUCACUAGUAGCAUGACGGUGAGCGGUAAUGGAAAGGAUGACUGGUUAUGGAGGAAGAAUGGAGGAGUGGACAUCCUUCUUCCAUACGGCUUGACAAGCAAUGAAACAAUGGCGAUGGAGCAUUUAAUGUCGAGCAAAACAGUGUCAGUAGUGGCCCGCAGCUCAUUCUAUUUAAUUUUUCUGUGGGUAUUGAUUCUUUCAGUGAGCUGCAAGAUUGGAAGCUAUGUUUAUACAAGGUGAACCUGCUUAUUGUGGUGAUGAGUUGGAUCAUUACCGUGCAACGCCAAGUUCGAAAAUUGUUACUUUGUGGAAGAACAAAACGUUGCUAUAGACUGAGCGCUAGUUUAUAUGAUUUUCUGUGUUUUUUUCUUUUCCUCUCUUUCAUCUGAAAGACAAAGUAAGAAAAGUAGACUGGUUUUAGUUGUUUCGAUUUCUUUGUCUACGUUGAUUUACUGAACAUAAGUUUGUAUACUUUCUAUAGAUACUUGAAACUAUAAAGGUACAUAUUGCUUCUUGAGGAGACA